CUGACUUGUUUGACCCGAUAUAACCUCAGCUUGAUAUUUCAACAAAAAUUUGAAAUCCCUAGAAGCCUAAAGAAAAGGGGGGGAAGAUGAGGUCGAUGCCGAUGGAAUUCGUGGCGGACCCAGACGACCAAGGUUCAGCCAUGGAAGUCGACGAUGUUGACACACCGGAGAUCUUCGGCGAAGGCAUCGUCGCUUCCGACAAUUUUGAUGACUCCGAUAUCGACUAAAAAAACAAAGAAGAAUCGAUACUCAUCUAUCCUUUUUUUCCCCUUCUUACUUUCGCUUUUUAGGGUCUGAAGUUUCUUAAAACUUUGUUCAAUUUAGUUGAAUCUGAACUGCACUAUGGAUGCUUAUCUGUAUGCAAAUCCUGUGAAUCGUCACAGGUCCUCGGGUUCAACUACAUAAUACAAAUUCCACCUCUGAACUUCAUUUUUCCUUCAAAAUAAAGCUUCGAUUUGAUCUCUUUUAGUGAGACAAAUGGCUGAAAAUCUUAUGCAUGCUUUACAAUAUAACAGCUAUGGUGGAGGCGCUGUUGCUUUGAAGCAUGUUGAAGUUCCGAUCCCAACUCCAAAUAAAGAAAACCAACUUCCCUUCUUUCCCAUACUGCCAGAAAAUUUAGGGACCGCACGACUUGUGGUUGAUUUCGAUAGGUGGUGGACUGGUGAGGAAUCUGUGAAUGUUCUCUUAGAAGCCGCAGGCCAAGACAACCGUAUUUUCUUUUUCUAUUUCCCACACUUGGGUAUGAUAAUGGUAGCAUUGGAGUUGAGGUUCUCACACCGAAAAAGGAACACAUGCCCUAUGCCCUAUUUUCAUUUAAGGACCGCCAAGGAAAUUCUGAAACUGAAAGCUGAUUGAUCGGAUAUGUAUGCCGGCUUUCAUCAACUACUUUUGAAGGCCUUACUAGGAAUUGAAGUGGUGUGCAAAGAGAUUGCUUCUUCCGAUCUGAUUUUUCGAUAUAAAUACUGGACAAAGGAUGGAUAUUUUACUGUUGUUAGUAAAAUAGGAUUCUCUUCUUAGGAUCUUAGUUUCUUCACUUGUAUUAGACUCAACAAUGGCUUGAAUUGCAUUGGUGUUGAUUUUAUCAAAAUUUUGAGGUUUGUAAUUUUUAAUUUUUAUUAAUUAUUUAUGUUUUCUCACUUUUAUUAAUUUUUAUUAUUAUUUAAACUUUUUUUA